UUUUUAGAAAGAUGAGUCAGCGUUAUCCGUCUUCGACGACAGCUACUCCUCAACGUCGACCACUGAACCCGGAGAAUGUUCCAAAUGUUUUUCUUGGCGUCGCGAUUCAGAUUGCUCGAAAGUUCCUUUUUAUCGAUCCGAGGAGAAAAGCGCUGGCAUGCUUAGCAUUCGUUUCGCUCCUUUCAAUGAUUGGCUCUUUUAUCACUCUCGAUGAUAGUUACUAUCUCGUCCAAAAGCACAGUAUCCUUAACCAAUACGGGGUGAAACUAGGAUGGAUGUGGACGUGUUUUGCUGUAGGACCCUUUAUAUGGUUUGCUUCAAGGGCGCAUCAUAGGGAUAAAGACAAAUCCGUCAUUGACAUACUGCGACUCGCAGUGGCCACAGGCGUCUGGUAUAUCAGCGUGGGAUUAUUCCAUCGCAUAACAGAAUGGACUUCAAGAUGUGAUUUGAGCGUGCGUUAUUCGCGUAUGCUAUGCAAGGAAAAGGGAGGAGUAUGGAUACCCGGUUUUGAUGUUUCUGGUCAUUGUUUCCUGUUGAUUUACAGUAUGCUAGUCAUGGCAGAAGAGGCUAACGCAUUCCGCGAAUGGCAUCAAGUCGCCCAUCGCGAUGAUGAUGCUGGUAGAUCAGCUUUACCUACACCUCUCAUUCAAACCAUCACAGUUUUGUUUUGCUUCAUGCAUUCCUUAGUAGAUUUCCCUCUUAAUAUAGUGUGCUUGCACAGAAGGGUUGUUUACGUCAACAUGCUAAGCACUGUUAAUGCGGUUUUCGUCUAUUUCGUUACCUGCAGGCUGGUGGCAAGGGCCUCUAUGCUCUCACCAAGAAUCCAGGAUGGGGACGUUUUACUGUUCCUUGUGGCGAGAAAUCAAAAAACAAAACAAAACAAAGAUGGACAUACUACUGCUGAGUAUACUUGGGACCGAAUCGAAUGA